AGAGAAGUAACCCAGUUCAGAACUGGACAGCAAGAACUAAUUAUUGCACAUUCAACUGUACAGCAUUUUUUUUUCUCCGUUACUUGGACAGUUUUCCAGACUGAGUCACUGCUGGAGAAUGACUUCGACAUCUUGACGCGUCAAGUGCCUACAAUAGUCAGACGAUGAACUACGUGGGGCAGUUGGCCGGGCAGGUGUUUGUUCAGGUCAAAGAGCUGUACCGUGGCCUGAACCCUGCUACACUCUCCGGCUGCAUCGACGUCAUCGUCGUCCGUCAGCCGGACGGCAGUCUCCAGUGCUCCCCCUUUCACGUACGCUUCGGCAAAAUGGGAGUCCUCCGCUCCCGUGAGAAAGUGGUGGAUAUUGAGAUCAACGGGGAACCAGUGAGUCUGCACAUGAAGCUGGGGGAAAACGGAGAGGCUUUCUUCGUGAAGGAGACGGAGAGCGACAUGGAAAGUUUACCGUACUACCUGGCAACAUCUCCCAUUCUGUCCGAGGGCCUGGCCCUCAUGGAGGCUCAGGCCCAAUCGGUUCAGACCCUGGGCCCGGCCCAGAUGUCAGGGGACAGCUCCAUGGUGAAGAAAAGGAGGAAGAGGAGGAGGAAGACGAAGGUCGACAGCGUGAAGAGAGACGAGGCCGGAGACUACUCGGAGGACGAGGACAUGUUUACAAUCGACAUGAGCUCAGACGAAGAGAGAGAAACGGAGGGAAGCAGAGCUUCAUCACAUGAGCAGUAUGGAGAGCAGGUCAACAGCAGCUCCUCCACCGGCACUUUCAUGACAAACACCCUGUACACGCACGCACAGUCUGAGGGCGACUGGUCCCGUAUUCAGAGUACGAGAGCGGAGCCAAGCUGCUCUCUGGCCAUCCCUCCCAGUACAGGGCUCUCCAUCUCCUGUCCGCAGCAGACCUCCAUGUUCUCCUCCACCCUCAGUCCCACUGGAUCCUUGCAUUCCACACCCAAGAGUGACUCGGAGCUGCUUCAGUCUCAGAUGUCCAAGGAAAAGCCGGACAACCCGGAGAUGCUGUGGGAAUGGGGAGAGCUGCCACAGGCGGCAAAGCCGUCCUUUGUGCAGACUGCACCAGAACCAGAACCCACCCUCGUGACUCCGCUGUCCGUCACCGUGUCUGACAACACACAUUUCCGGAUCAUCGAUGGGGCCGACCCCGGCGACCCUAUGAGCAAAUUGCAGGACGACCGUGGCCCAGCCCUCAGGGUGUAUGAGCCUGAAGCCACGCCCACUGAGGGAGGCGCUUCCUCUGCUCAUGCCACGGAGGUGGAGGCCAUUGGUGCGGUUGCACGAUUGGUCCCUGACUUCGAGGAAGGACGUCACAGCCCAAACUCCGUCAGCAAGACCGACUCUCCGUCCAAGAGGAAAGACAAGAGAAGCCGUCACCUGGGCUCUGAUGGAGUUUACCUGGAUGACAUCACGGAGCUGGAACCUGAGGUGGCCGCUCUGUACUUCCCUAAAAAUGAUGGUCCUGCUUCAGUCAGAGGAGUCUCAGAGAUUCGUAGUGCCAACCAGUCUCCGCAGUCCGUGGGCAGCAGUGGGAUGGACAGUGGAGUGGAUAGUUAUUUAGAUCAGAUGUCAGACCUUCCCACUGUCGCCAUCUCCCUGUGCGGAGGACUAACUGACAACACAGAGAUCACAAAGGAGCAAUUUCAAGAAAAGGCGAUCUCGUAUCAGGAGUUUUCUGAAAAUCCGUCCAUUAUUGAUGAUCCAAACCUCGUUGUGAAGAUCGGAAAUAAGUAUUAUAACUGGACCACUGCAGCUCCUCUCAUACUGACCAUGCAGGUGUUUCAGAAACCUCUUCCAAAGGCCACCGUAGAGAACAUCAUGAAGGAGAAGAUGCCGCGGAAGGGAGGGCGCUGGUGGUUCUCGUGGCGGGGACGGAACAGCAGCUCCAAAUCGGAAUGUGCGUCGGAUCCGGCCGGGGACACCGGAGAGCAGUCUGUCAGUAGGAGCUCUGUGGACAGGCUGAGGGAUGAGCCGUCCUCCAGCGAUGAGGACAGUCGAGCGGCCCAGCAGAGCGGCAGAGGGAGCAGCAGUCAGCCUGACGCUCUACUGACUGCAGGCAGCCUGUGUUACCAGAAAACCCUUCGCCUCUCCUCAGAGCAGCUGGCCAGCCUGGAGCUGAAAGAGGGUCCCAAUGACGUGGUGUUCAGCGUAACCACGCAGUACCAGGGUACAUGUCGCUGUCAGGGCACUAUAUACCUGUGGAACUGGGACGACAAGAUCGUCAUAUCAGAUAUUGAUGGUACCAUCACCAGGUCCGAUACACUGGGACACAUUCUUCCCACUCUGGGCAAAGACUGGACCCACCAGGGCAUUGCCCGUCUCUACCACAAAGUCAGCCAGAACGGCUAUAAGUUUCUGUACUGCUCCUCCCGGGCCAUCGGCAUGGCGGAUAUGACGCGAGGUUAUCUUCACUGGGUGAACGAACGAGGCACCAUGCUUCCCCAGGGCCCUGUCCUCCUCAACCCCAGCAGUCUGUUCUCAGCCCUUCACCGAGAGAUCAUUGAGAAGAAGCCAGAGAAGUUUAAAAUCGAGUGCCUAACAGACAUUAAGAAUUUAUUCUAUCCAAACACAGAGCCUUUCUACGCCGCUUUUGGAAACAGAGCUACCGAUGUGUACUCUUACAAGGAGGUCGGAGUGCCGCUCAACAGAAUUUUCACUGUGAACCCAAAAGGAGAAUUAGUCCAAGAACACGCCAAGACCAACAUUUCAUCGUAUGGGCGUCUCUGUGAGGUGGUGGAUCACGUUUUUCCCCUUCUGAUUCGUGCCAACACGUCCGACUUCCCUUGUUCCGACACGUUCAGCCAUUUCACCUACUGGAGAGACCAGCUCCCCGAGGUAGACCAUCAGGAUCAGUCCCCAGAGACCAGCUGAACACUCUGUCAAUGGGAAAACAUACACACACACCUGCUCACUUUCUCACCUUAAUAAUUGCAAGGCUAUAGGUUGCCCUCCAUGCCAAACUGAUAUUGCACUUUUUUAUAGAUAGUACAUGUGCACAUUCUCUUGGUUCCUGCAUUUCUGACUGUUUUUCUGCUGUUACACAGUGAAACUGAUUGGCUGGGAACUGACAACAAAAUACCAAGAGGGUUCUUUAAAUGAGAGGGUGUCCAGUGCCCGCCCUGUAAAUGGUUCUCAAAUAGAUCCCAGAGGGUGUCCAGUGCCCGUCUUGUAAAUGGUUCUCAAAUAGAUCCCAGAGGGUGUCCAGUGCCCGUCCUUUAAACGGUUCUCAAAUAGAUCCCAGAGGGUGUCCAGUGCCCGUCCUUCAAACGGUUCUCAAAUAGAUCCCAGAGGGUGUCCAGUGCCCGUCCUGUAAACGGUUCUCAAACAGAUCCCAGAACCACGAGUGGUGCCAGAUUCUAAAGUCUCUCUUUGCUCCCGUCUUGCUGCAUUUACUUUUAUCAUAGAAAAACAUUCAACCAAACUACAGUACAGAGAGAAAAACUUCAUCUUUGGCCUAAAAAUGAAACGUAACUCAGAACAAUUUCGAAUAAAAUAGAAAUGCCAGCAGUUAUAAACCUCAGGUCUAGACAAACUAAAAAAAAAAAAAAUGUUUCAGUCAAAGACUCCAGCCUGUUUUUGACAAAGUGACCUUCAGUCUGACCUUACAGCUGUGUCCUUCUGUUUCCUACUAGAAAAUUCAACUGUCUCUGAAGUGAGCAAAUCUAGAUGUUGUUUGGAAAAACAAACACAAAUUCAUACAAUACUACAGUGUUAUUAUAAUGGACGUCAUCCAUUCGUUGUCGCCUGAGUAUAUUUAAACGUUAUAGACGAUAUAAGAGAUUCUUCAGAUCACAUCAUAUUUCCUGUUGAGUGGCAUUCCUGUGUUAAAGUAUGUGGUCUGUUCGAUCCUCAGUGAAAGACUCCAAUCUGACGACACAGACCCUGUCCUGUCAUUUUCCUUUACAGCAGAAACAUAUCCAAACUGCCAUGUAGACUGGUCAUGUAAAUCCACUAAUAUAAUGAGAACUGAACAACAACAGAAACCUCAGGGCCACAGAAUUCUCUGUAUUCCAACACAUUUAAUGUCAUUAUAGAAAACAUUCAGUUGACCCUCGUUGUAAAGAUAUAUAUUUUAUAGUAAGUUCUGUUAUGAACUGAAUAGUCAUUGAAAGCUCUUAAAAUACGAGAGACAUAUUUAAUGUUAAUUUAAUAACGAGUGAAUUAAGUUAUUUUAAGAUUGUGGUGUGUAUGUGGCUGGGUGGCUCUUUGAAUGUGGCGUUUCAGAGAGAGAGAGAGAGAGUGAGAGAGAGAGAGAGUGUAUGUGGUAGGUGUGUAUCGUUGAGGUCUAACGUAUGUCGUAAAAUACGUCAUGAGAAUCUGAAGAGCUGACCUGACGCUCCUGUAGGUACACCGCACUUAAAACAAAAAAAAAAGCAGCGUAUGGUAACAGCUGAUCAAUCAAUAGCACUGAAUUUAUCUGCUUAAAGUCGGAGUUACCCGACGGAAAACAGACAUCUUAUGUGGCUGCAACCACAUGCUAGCCGGUAGUACUGUCGGAUCAGUGAACUGUGUUUUGAUGUGUAGAAGCACAUUGUUGAACUAAAGCCAAAGCACUGGGCUUGAUUUUCUGAUGCCUGAUGACAGCGUAGGUCUCCUGAGUUUUAAUUCUCUUAAUGUGAAAACAUUGGAUGUUACAGUCAUUUGUGUGUGUAAUUGUGUCAACAAGCAAAACUGUUUCUGUGAUUUUGAUGUGCGCAACGCAAAAAAUGCAAUUUAUACAUUUACCUGGGGUUUAAUAGGGUUUGAUUGAUUGACAUUGAUAUAACUGUGUUUUUAUCAUAUUGAUAGAUUGACCCCUGGUUGACUCCUGAAAACCACAACACUGUGAAAUAUAUAUUAACAAAAACACAGGUGCCAAAAUGAUCCGUCUCAUGUUUUGUGUCAGUAAAACAAAAAUCACUCACCCCCCUCCCCCACCCCCUACAUCCUUUGAGUUUCAAAGUUCUGUAUUAGAGAGAGGCUGUAGAACACAAUGCUGAACUGUUGUCCUCUGAUGACUUAAGCGUGUGUGUGUGUGUGUGUGUGUGUGUGUGUG